UUUAGUUCCAACAGUGGCGUUUUCGUCUGGACAACAGAAGGCAACACCCCCAUGAUGGAUUCCGUCCUCCAGUAUGUGCAUAACAUCGACAUUUACACAUGGUUGGCGUUAAUCUUUGGUUUUUUAGUGCUCAUCUAUUGGCAAGGUUUGCGCCGAUACAACUCGAUUCUUGGCGGUUCUCCACUCCCGGGUCCAAAACCGUGGCCCUGGAUCGGUAAUCUCCUCGAUAUUUUCAAAUAUGGCGGCAUUCACAAGAUGUUCCUUAACUACUUCUACAAGUACGGACGAGUAUACAAGUCGUGCUUUGGUCGCUCACCGAUUAUUGUCGUCACUGAUCCCGAAAUUGUCAAGCAAAUUUUGGUCAAGGAUUUCCACAAGUUCCCAAAUCGACCUGCUUUCAUCAAACCCAGACCACCUCUGAACUCGGGAUUGUUCAUCGCUGAAGGAGAGACGUGGAAGCGUAUAAGAACGACUCUAACUCCCACCUUUACCGCCAACAAACUGAAGCAAAUUGUGCCGAUAAUAGAAAAUGCCUCGGAGAAGCUUCAUGCCAAAAUGGAAAAGUUCUCCGAAACGGGUGAGUCAGUAGAUGUCAACCGUCUCUUCAGUCUCUUCGCUUUAGAAGUGAUCAUGAAAGCAGCAUUUGGCUUUGACACCGAUGUACAAAUGAAACCAGACCCAGAAUUUGUUGAAAAAGCCAAAAACGUCUUUAAAACACCCAUUUACAUUCGAGUGUUCUCCGUGUUUCCAUUCUGGACCUACCUCAGCCGCUUCUUCAGCAUACUACAGAACGCAGAUUAUUUCGCCGCCUUGGCAAAAAGCAUGCUCGAUCAACGAAGCCAGCAGGGUUCAACGGGAGUUAGAGACUUGGUACAGCUUAUGCUGGAAGCCCAUGAGACCACAGUCGAUGGAGUCAGCAAGUUGAGUGAUAAUGAAAUCAUGGCUCAAUCCAUUACGUUCUUGUUGGCCGGCUUCGAGACUACAGGGAGCACUUUGACAAACGCGGCAUACCUCCUUGCAGCCAAUCCAAAGGUUCAGAAUAAGCUCAUUGAGGAGAUCGACAAAGCUGAAGAAACCCGUGGAAGCACUCCCCUUUAUGAUCAUGUGCAAAAACUCGGAUACUUGGAUCAAGUCAUCUCUGAGGUCCUUCGCCUUUGUUCCCCAGCUUUUAAUCUAAUCCGUCGCUGUGACGAAGACGCGGAGUACAAAGGUAUCCGCAUCCCCAAGGGAGUUGAAGUCAACGUUCCGUCUUAUGUGCUGCAUCGGGACCCGGAGGUAUGGGAGAGUCCCCUGGAGUUCAACCCGGAGAAUUUCUCCCCUGAAGCAAAGGAGAAGCGGAACCCGUAUUCCUUCCUCCCGUUUGGAACAGGUCCACGCCAAUGUAUGGGAAUGCGUCUUGCUCUAUUGGAGAUCAAACUCGCUUUGCUAAAAAUCCUGCAACGAUUCAAGUUUGAACGCGCCCCAGAAACCGUGGCCACACUGGAACACCGAGCUGUGAUUCUCAUGGCACCCAAAGAUAUGAUAUAUCUCAAGAUAAAGGCACGUUAAGUUUUUACAUAAAAGAAACGUUUUUCACUAACUAUAUCUGCUUGUAAAUGUGUUGCAUUAUUAUCUUACAGACAAGCUUCUUUGAGGAUCCAUACUCAGAUAUACACCUUAUUCUAUGGUUUAACAUGUGAUAAAAUCGAAUAUUUUGCGAGUCACUCGGUAUUAUUCCGUGCCCUAUAUUUACUUCGGGGUCGUCCGAUUUUAAUUUGUUAAUCACUCAUACGAUUACAGACCGAAUGGGACUCCAAUCGGUCCCAUUACCAUUGUGGUGUAAUGAUGAUGUUCAGUAUUCAUGUACAAAGGCAAGAAAUGGUCCGUCAAAAGGGAUCAGCUCUGGUUUUUAAACAUGAAACAUGCAAUAAAGUUUAACAUUUAUAA